AUGGAGGUGGCCAUAAAGAAUGUGAUGCCAAACACAGCCCACCAAUGGUGCAAAUGGCACAUCAUGAAGAAAGCAGAAGAGUGCCUUGGACCCCUAUACAGAAAACAGAAUGGGUUCCGAGCAGAGUUCCAUAAGGUCUUCAGCAACGUAGUGACAAUAGAUGAGUUUGACAUAGCAUGGGCGGUGUUGAUCGACAAGUACAACUUAAGGUCACAUCCAUACAUGGCACAACUUUACGAAACCAGGAAGAAAUGGGCAAAGCCAUAUUUCAAGGGGGUGUUUUGUGCCAAGAUGACGAGUACUCAAAGGAGCGAGACUGCCAACAGUAUGCUGAAGAAAUAUGUACCACCUGCAUGUCUGAUGCAUAUGUUCGUGAAGCAAUACAAAAGCUUGCAGUUUGACCGGGACGCAGAUGAAGCCUAUGAAGAGAAACGGACCCUGAUUGGUGGCGUCGUGCUGAGGCGUAACUUACCUAUGGAGCGACAUGCUAGCAAGAUAUAUACUCAUGCGAUGUUCAAACAGUUUGGCCAAAUCCUUUAUCAAGCAGGAUCUUACCGUCUGGAGGUGAUCGAGAAGAACAAGGUGUACAGGAGAACGCUCAUUGAAGCAGAGGGAGGGGGAAAAUGUAUCAGGGUAGCCUAUGAGGUUAAGAUGAUAGAUAAUGGAGCUGAAUUUGACUGCGAAUGUGGUCAAUUUGAGCACAUGGGUUUGCUAUGCUGCCAUGUGCUGAGGGUGAUGGAUUAUUUAGACAUCCUGGAGAUACCCAAGAAGCACAUUGUGAAGAGGUGGACAAGAAACGAGCGAGAUGUCCUGCCUAUGGAAGCAAGCCAAGAAGCUGCUAGUGCAGAGGCCUAUGAUGGGUCGAUGGGGUUAUUCAAGGAAAAUGUGCCACCAUACGGAGAAGCAAGAGAUUGCCUAGGGCUUAAGGAUCGGCUAAGGCUAAUGACAAAUGAAAGACUAGGCGAUUGCUCUGUGCACAACAAUGAUAGUGUCGAUAACACAAGACCAGCUAAUCGGAUUAGCUGCUCCUUGUAA